AUGGAUAGUAUAGAAUCAGUCGAUGUUGUUAUCGUUGGAGCUGGUUUUGCUGGUCUUUCAGCUGCUAAUUAUUUGUCUUCGAAAUCGAUUCAAUGUACUGUUAUUGAAGGUCGAUCUCGUGUUGGUGGAAGAACAUUAAGUCAAAAAAUACUUGAGGAAACGUCAACUAUUGAUUUAGGUGGACAAUGGAUUGCACCAAACCAAUUUCGGAUAUUAUCUUUUAUUAAACAAUUUAAUCUUGAUUUAAUUGAACAAACAUGGCAUGAUAUUCAUCCAAAUCUUUUAGGUCAAUCAAUUGGUUUAAAACCUUUGACUGAGGAUCAACUAGAAAAAAUCGUUCAAAUUAAUUUCGAAUGGGAUCAAAUGGCAUUAGAAUUACCAAGUGUUGAACAUGCUUUAUCAUAUGAAAAAAGUUCUCAAUGGGAUGGCAUUUCUGUAAAACAAUUUAUUGAAGAACAUCCAUUAGCUAAUGAUAUAAGAAUUCAACAAGAAUUAAAACUUCAAAUAUUAACAUUAACUGCAUGUGAUGCUGAAAAAGUAUCUUUAUUAUAUUGGUUAAUAUUAAUUCGUUCGAUUCCCGAUGGAUUAAAAGCACUUGAUGAUGGUAUAAAUGGCGCACAACAUUAUAAAAUAUGUGCUGGUAGUCAACAUGUUUGUUUUAAACUUUCUCUUAAUGAAAAUGUUCGUCUUAAUGACCCUCUUAAAUCUGUUGAUUAUCAAACUAACGAUCAAAUAUUAUUAACUUUAAAUUCUAAUCGACAAAUAAAAUGUCGUCGUCUUCUUCUUGCAUUUUCUCCAUCAUUACUUUCAACUAUUGAAUUUUUUCCCAAACUGCCAUCAAAUUGUUAUUGUCCUAUAACAAUGGGACAAUGUAUUAAAACAAUAUUUAUUUAUUCAAUACCAUUUUGGAGACAUAGUCAAGUAAAUCAAUGUGAAAAACAAGGCCCUUGUUCAAAUAUAUUUGAAUCAGCUAAUCCAAUAGCUCUUAUUGGAUUAAUACUAGGUGAUCAUGCUUCAUUUUGGACUCAUCAAGAUGAAAAUAAACUUAUUGAAGCUAUUACUGAACAAUAUGCAUUGCUUUUUAAUACAAAUGAAAAACCAAUACAUACAUUUAUACAAUAUUGGCCUAAAGAAAGUUUAAGUAGAGGUUGUUAUGCUGCUCUUUAUCCUCCUAGUUCCUGUUCAACAUGGAGAAAUCGAAAAAAAGCGUUAAUUGAUGGAAAAAUUUGGUUAGCAAGUACUGAAAUGGCUUUACAAUGGAUUGGUUAUAUUGAAGGAGCUAUUGAAGCUGGACAAAGAUUUGCACAAGAUAUUAUUAAUUCACUCUAA